UAAAGGACCGCGAGAAGGAGACGACGGCAUGUUUCCGAUUCACGUAUAUGGUCUUUACCUAUACGUUGAAAGCGGAAGCAUGCUCACAUUUUUAUGUUAGGGGAUAGCAAGUUGGUUUCAUACCCGCGCCCCUAAGUACCCCACUUUGGGAAUCUCUAAUUGAAGAUUCCAUUUAUGGAAAGCAUUCUGCUGCUGACCACCGAUGAUACACGCCAUGUCCUCCGCCCUGCUUAACACUGCUCACCAUGGUGACAUCCCGAUGGAAGCUUCCGUCCCAGACCCAAUAGGUACACACAGCCCUGAGUGCCCCACACUGAAUGCCCUGAUCCCUGAACACACACCCCAUACCCCAAAAGUUCCACACACCACUAGGUACCCAAGACCUAGUGGUGCCCCAUCCCCCAAAAUGCUCCACACACCACUAGGUACCCAAGACCUAGUGGUGCCCCAACCCCCCAAACUGCUCCACACACCACUAGUUGUCCAAGAGCUAGUGGAGUGCCCCAUACCCCAAACACCACACACUAAUUGUCCAAAAUCCAGUGGAGUUCCCCAGGACUCCUGA